AUGUUGUCCAAGCUCAACUGGCUCGUAGGCCUUGGCCUACUAGCAGCAACCAGCCCUGCUCGUGCUGCCCACUUAUCAAAGCAUGCACAAGACCUUUUCGAUGAAUCUAUGAACUUCCAAGAUAUGAUCUAUGACCCUAGUGCCCAUUAUCUACGAUGGUUCUACUUCCCACUAGCUGCUGGCGUGCACGAAACUCGUUCCACCGUUUGGCGCACUAUUGGCCUUCUUCAACGCAACCAUGGGGAUGAUGCAGAGGAGGCCGCAAAGAUUCUCGAACUGAUCAUUGCUGACCAGGAGAAAGAUACCUCGAAGCAGUGGUUCGGGGAUUAUACGGUUUAUCCGGAGCAGCCUACUGUUGGAGGGCCCGCGUACGAUCCUGUGAUCUACAAUUCAUGGGAUCCUAAUUGGAGAGGAUUUAUUGGUACAACUCUUAUCAUGGUGUACGAAGAAUACAAGGAUUUACUUCCUCCCCAUAUUCAAGACCUGGUUCUUGAGAGUAUCUACAACAGCACUGUUGGCGAUACAUACCGUGUGGGCGGUGUCGAUGAUGAUAACUUGUAUCCAGCAUACACAAACCCCUGGUUGAUGAGAACAGUCGCCAGCUCAUGGACAGGAAUGAAGAUGAACGACUCCAACAUGACUUACUGGGGCGAUAAAUGGACUCAAGAGUUCUUAGAUCUGUAUAAUGUCAAUCACACCAUCUCCGAGUACAACAGUCCAACAUACGUUGGCGUUUCUCUCGCCGCGCUGACGAUUGCAGCAAAAUACAUGACGAACAUCACAAACCCUCCGUUAAUUGCUCAGCACAGUGAACAAAUCAUCCGAGAUAUCUGGGAAGUUGAAUCUCAGCUCUGGAAUCCCAUGAUGAGGAACUUUGCCGGUCCGUGGGAUCGAACAUACGGCUAUGAUAUGAACAACUACGUGGCUAUAAUAUCCUUAUGGAUCUGGUCCCUCGUUGGAAAGGAUGUCGCUUACGAUAACGUCAACCCCAUCGGAACAUUUGCACAUGCCGAUGAUCUCGAGAUCGGUCCGCUCCUUGCAGUCCUCGCGGACACCCAGAAAAAGAUCAUUCCAGAAUCUGUACUGCGUCGAUUCAGUAGUUCGCAUUUCAUUGGAGAGCAUACAUAUCAUGGCCAAGCGUAUGCGCCUCCGGUAGAUUACGAGCCGCGUAACGUCACGACUUGGGUAUCUGCAAACCUUACCAUUGGCGCUGAAUCAUUCAAUCAAACCGCUCUUGGAGGUUCGCGCGAAGAUACGAAUGCCUGGAAUCCAGCUGUUGUUCAAUGGCUUCGUUCAGAUGGGUCUGUGGGGUAUCUCACUUGGUACUCGACAGAGAAAGCUAUGCAGGCUGAUGUUUCCCCUUAUACGCUCAAUUUGACGUACCCUGCUGGUAAUGAAACUAGCGUUUUUACCUUUGCUCUUUCGUCUAAUCCCUUGGGAGCUAAACGGGAUAUUUACUCGCUGGAUGCUAUUGAUGGGCUUAAAGUUGAGGUUGGUGGUAGCGUCAAGCCAGAGCCUGAGGUUUCGUUCUGUGGAUUUGUGGGUGGUACUUGCCCGAUUAUUCAUGACUUCGAAUUCUGGAACCUGACAUUUGUCAUGCCGGCGAAUAGUACCGAGGUCCCUAAUAUUCACUUCAAGCUCUCAUUGGAGUGA